UCAGCUCGCUGAAUUCAGCAGCCAGCAACAACAACAGACAAGACAGAAGGCAGAAAUAAUUGCCGGUUCCUUUGGCGAUCAGAAGUUGGUCAGAUUAUGAAGGGAGGUCCUACAUUCUGGGAACCUAGCCCUCGAGGACAUCAGAGAAAGGUAUGGAAGUUCUGGGAUUCGAUGAAGAUCGCUGCCUUUAUACUGGGUCCUGCCCUGCUCGUGUUUGUUGCUUUCAGAAACUCAGUCACAUGGCACCUGCAGAAAUUCUGGGGAGCCUCUGGCUUGUUCUGGCAGACUCAGUGGGAGAACUUGUACCACCUACUAGGGAGAAAUGAAUGGGCGAUUUUCAUAGUUUACGCUGGAAUAAUUCCUUCCCUGUUUUUCUGGAGCUUCAAUGGAAUCUUGAUGGUAGCAGAUGCGACUGGGAAGCCGAGUUUCAUCACCCGAUACCGCAUUCAGUUGGGAAAGAACGAUCCUGUGGACAGAAAAAAACUGCAGAAUGCCAUACUCACAGCCCUGUUCAACAGUUUAUUCAUCUCUCUGCCCAUGAUUAUCCUCAUGCUCCCUAUCAUGAAAUGGAGGGGGGAGCCAUGCAGUUUGCACUUGCCAACUUUCCAUUGGUUUCUUUUCGAGCUGGCAAUCUUUACGCUACUGGAGGAAAUUCUCUUCUAUUACUCUCACCGGCUUUUUCAUCACCCUCUCCUAUACAAACACAUUCAUAAAAAGCAUCAUGAAUGGACCGCUCCCAUUGGUGUAGUUUCCAUCUAUGCUCAUCCAAUUGAGCAUGUGGUUUCCAACAUGCUGCCUGUGAUGACCGGCCCAAUCCUCAUGGGAUCUCAUGUUACAUCCAUCAUGGCGUGGAACUCCCUUUCCUUUCUGGCCACCACCAUUUCUCACUGUGGCUACCAUUUACCUUUCCUGCCCUCACCAGAGUUCCAUGACUUCCAUCAUCUCAAAUUCAAUCAGUGCUAUGGUGUCUUGGGUGUGCUGGACCGCCUGCAUGGAACAGAUCUGUUGUUCAAACAAACAAAGGCCUACGAGAGACACUCCCUUCUGUUGAGCCUCACCCCCCUCACUGAAAGCAUUCCUGAUUGUCCUAAGAAAUCAGAGUGACCCUUAAGUGCAGAUUAUUUCCUUCGCAAGAUAAUCACAAGAAUCAGGAGAUACCAGAUUUUCUCGCUAGGCACUCAACAAUAUUAUUGUGGCAGGUUUCAUGUUUUCAUUGGCAAGAGACAGCUUGACCUAUAACACAGCUUCUGAAAAGGAUCAGGAUAACACUCAUGUUUGUAGAACACCAUGGCAGAAGAGGAAUGAAUGGCAGCAUCUACAGAAAUGGUUGUGGUUGACCAAGGAAAGCAAACAGCUAAAAGUACUGUAUAACAAAAGGGUGCUGAAGGUGAGAGAAUAUACUUUCUGGCCUACAGAAAACAACUCACUCUCAUAGAAUUCCAAGUUAGAAUUUCAGCCUGACCCAACAAAGGACCAAGAGCAGGGACAAUCAAGAGCGUUUACCAUAUUUUUUCGUGUAUAAGAUGAUGUUUUUUGCUUUUAAAAAAUUGGGUGUCAUCUUGUACACAGAUAGUGAAUGCAGAGGGGGGGGAGACAUGCGAUUAAUGGAAGCAGCAAGCAGGGGAUUGGCAGUGUCGAUUGGGCAGAUGAUUGGCAGCUGUGGCAAGUGGGUGGGCUGUUAGUGGCAGCGAGUGGGCAGACAAUUGGCUGCAGCGAGGUGUGUGAUCAGCAGUGGCUGUGGCAAGUGAUUGGCAGUGGCGGGCAGGUGGGUGAGCAAUUGGUGGAAGUGACCUCCCCCACACACCCCAAAAGCU